UCCAACAAGGUUUCAAGAUGAUGAGAAAUAAGGUGUCCCGUGAGCGGCAUCACGCAGGCAGGGUGAGUAUUCGUCGCAUUCUUGCAUGUUCAGCGCUUGACUCCCGGUACAUAACGGCGCCUGCUGCCUCUCCUCCUACCCGCCUUUGCUCGGUCAACCGUUGGUUUCUCUGACGUGAACCACCUUUCGCCCAUCGAAUGCUACAGGUCGGCAUCUUGAAUAUCCAAUUUUCCUUGUAAAACAAACCUCCUCACUCUUCGUCACAACCACACGCCAUGGUACUCGGCAGGUUUUCAAAGGGCGUCGCCCUCCUCGCCACGACGGCGCUGGCCUUGUCACAAACCGCCAACGCCGCCAUCCUCCCCCGGCAGAGUAACGAGGCACUUCGGCCCUGGGUGACGGUGGCGGCCGACGGUGCUGCCAAGACCAUCACUCCCACCAUCAACGACGGCAAGACGACGUCCGCCUUCACGGGCAGCACGACGCUACCCACGGCGGACGCCCAGGGUGCCGGCACCUUCCUGCUAUGCAACCAGGCCGCCGGCUCGGGCGGCCUGAGCCAGCCCUUCUGCUCUCCCAAGGGGAACAGCGAGCUCGAGGGCGGGAAGACGUACUGGGUCACCUGGGACGCCGCCCUCUUCCCCUCCCCGAACACGAUGGUCCAGGUCCAGGGCGACUACGGCGUGACCAAGACCAUCGAGGCCGGCCACGGCUUCACCUCGCAGAUGAUGCCUGCCUCGCAGGGCCACUUCGCCUGGGCCGCCGUCGGGUACAACAUGGCGCCCAACGAGUCGCUCGACGUGCAGCUCGUGCUCGCCGUGCCCGCGACCAACGGCACCAUCACAGGCCGUCACGUCGGGCCCAAGGUGCGCAUCGUCAACCGGUCUCGGGGGCCGCCGAGGCGCCGCGGGCCCAACGUCUUCGGCAUCGUGCUGCCCAUCGUCUUCGGCGUGCUGUCGCUCGGCGGCAUCGGCUGGUUCGUAUGGUGGUACGGCCGCAGGAAGGGCAUGUUCCACUCGCGCGGCCGCGGGUACGGCGUCGGCAAGAGCCGCGUGCAGCGGACGGCGGACGUCAAGAUCGGACUGGGCGACAGCGCCUUCUCGUCGCCCGAUCGCGGCGUCGAGAUGAUGCCGCCGCCCGCGAGGCCUCCGCCGCCGUCCGAGGGCAACGUGUUCCGUAACGAGCUGAGUCGGCAGGAGAGGAACGAGAGGGCGCAGACGAUGCUGUGAA